AUGUAGUCCGAGUUGUAGCAAAUUGGUCACCGGGUACGUUGCAUGCUAUACUAGAAGAGCAAAGGUGCCGUGAAAAUAGCAGCGGGUCUCGGUUCAAGUGCCAUUGGGGUUACGAUCGUCCUUUCCUUUGUCCUUGACCAUCGCAGUUCAUCCUGCGUCGAGCCUUAUGCACGAGGCAGAGGCACUUUGGCAGCUGCAUUAUGGUUGGGGUUAUCGCACUAAUCUAUGCACCCCUGUCCUCUUGAUACUUUUUGUCAGUCGUAGUACUGCGAGUGGUGGUUUACAGUUAGGUCUAUUUCUUUUCUCGGCUUGCUUAUCCGUCACAACCCCAUGUGUCACACACAUGGGCGUACAGGGGAUGCCCAGCCAGGGUUAUCAUCUUCGCAAUUAUUUACGAUUGAGCUUUUAUACAGCAGUUGCCGCAAAUGGGACGGUUGACAGUGAGAGCUGGCCUGAGGGAGAGCUAUGCGCUAUGAUAGGCAUGACAAUCUGGUGUGGAUACUGAACUCUAGUCCUCCCUUCGGACCUCCUAUUAUAG